AUGGCGACCCAAGAGGCCGCGAUGGAGGAGAUCCUCUGGACGUCUCCCCCGCACGUCAAGAUGAUGGGGGGUUUCCUGCACUCCAAUAACAUUCUGUUUUAUUUCGCCGAAUCCCCGUUCUUUGACCCAACCUCGAACAAUGCCUCGCUCGCCAUCCAAGCUAGCUACAACGAGGCCUUCCGCGACUUUGUCGAGACGCGCGCAAAAUUCGAAGCACGACUGAAGACAAUGCAAGGCUUGGAAUUCGUCGUCGCAUUCGACCCCCUUGAAGCGGCGCAGACUGACGGGAAUCGCCUUCUAAAAGAGCCCUCCAACAUCUGGGUGAUUCGCAAGCAGAAUCGGCGGAAGCGGACUGGGAUGGAGGAUGAGGUGACGGUAAUAUCGACCUACUUUGUGGUCGGUGAAACUAUCUACAUGGCGCCGUCAGUGGCCAGCGUGGUGGGAAACCGAAUUCUGUCUGCCGUCACAUCUCUUUCGCGUCUUAUGAAAUCCGCGUCCACGCUGCCCACAUUUACGCCAUCCUACGGCCACACAUAUCUGCCACCCACAGCGCGCACCGCCGAACCUGGCCAGCAAGCGUCCCAGCCGAGCAAAGAGAAUACCCCGAUGCCCGAUGCCACCCAAUCUUCCGGUGCCGAACCACAAUCCGCAGGCAAGGCCGGCCUCGGCAUUUCGACAACUAGCUCUAGCUAUCAGGAUACGCGGAACCUGGGUGAAGCAUUUAACCUCUUCACCCAGUAUGGCGAUGAGUUCAUGGACGAGAACCCUCUGGUCGGGGAGCCCGGCUCUUUCAUAUUAUCUCGAGCCGGCGAGAACGAUCGUGCAGCUGGUACAGCAGCCAAAGCUGCUCUGAAGGCGGCUCCGAGCACGACAGUGAACACACCAGCGGGGCUACGAGGACGAUCAACCACGCCACAGGUCCGAAUCGAUACACCCGGGAAAGCGUCGGAAAAAAGCAAUUCCCCUCCCAGCUCAGGCGAGAACAAGGGAAAAAGGAAGAAGAACCGGAUAGCUAGCUGA